UGCACGCCUAACACAACUUUCACCGUACUAGUCUCAUAUGCUAUACUUCAGUCAUGGGUAAGGUUAUGCACAGCUUGGGACAAAAGUUUGCGGAGCUUCAGGUUGACAUAUUUUUCCAUCUGUGCGACAACCAUGAGGCCGAUGGCAACUGACAACCGCAGGUUGCUGGCACAUAUUUUCAAUUUCAAUGACAGAACUUUUUUGUCAGGUGUGCGUGAUCAACAGACAAGCAUCCAUCCCACCAAAGGUCUUUUCGUCCCUCAGGAGCGAUUUCAGCCGACAACCACAGAGGAUGGCCAGGCUUCGUUCUUCGUGGAUUCUGUCCACCAGCUUCCCUGCAUCUACGCUAUUUUAUCAUUUAUUUAUGUAUCUAUUUUAACUCCAAAUUUUCACUGUAUCUACAGUACCUACAGCACACUGCAGUCAUGGGUACAACUUGGCGAGGGCAUCUUUGUGAGCUCCGACACAUGGACACACCUGAUGCAGCAGCCAGCAGACGCAGCGUUUUGCAAGCGUCUCGCUGUUGCACUGUGGGGAAACGAGACACUUGCACAACGCAGUGUCACAGGGAAGCAAUCCAAUAAAGAUGUUUCGAAAGGAAAGACAGCAGUCUACCCACAGUUGUCACCAGUAAAGGUGACCUGCAUGUCAUCUGCCUUUUGGCAUUACCUGCUGUCAAAGGGGUGCAGCACAGAAGAAGCACCAAAGCGGCACAAACAACUGGUACGCUACCUUGCACAGAAGUGUGCGGAUCUCCGACGUUAAAAUGGUAAAGAAGCUACUCCUGAAUGAAGAUCCUGGAGCUGAAGGAUAAUAAAGCAUAGCAGAACGGCA